CAAUUACAAACGCGUUUCCUAACAGAAGAAACGUUUCGUCGAAGAGCCCUUAGGUGGCGUUUGGUGCCUCAUGAUCGAUAGACUUGACUUUCUCUGCAAUUCAUCAUAUAAAGAAAAGAUCCUGUUUGAAUCAUCAACGAAGAGUUUCUCCUCUGUUUAGUCAUAAAAUGUCUCUCUUAAAUCAAUUGUUCAAUAGAGGUGUUUUUGGUGCAAAAUGUAAAACAUGCUUGAGCUUGGCAAUCUCGCGCAUUAAAUUGCUGCAAAAUAAGAGGGAUUUGCAGCUCAAACAUAUGAGAAAAGAGAUAGCCCAAUUUUUGCAGGCUGGCCAAGAACCAAUUGCUCGAAUUCGGGUGGAACAUAUAAUCAGAGAGCAGAAUAUAUGGGCUGCAUAUGAGAUACUGGAGCUUUUCUGUGAGUUUGUUCUUGCACGCGUUCCUAUUCUUGAAAGCCAGAAGGAGUGUCCAUCAGAAUUGCGAGAAGCUGUGGCAAGCAUAAUUUUUGCUGCUCCUAGAUGUUCAGAUGUGCCUGAUUUGUUGCAGAUCAAGAAUUUGUUUUCUACAAAGUAUGGGAAGGAAUUUGUCACUGCUGCAUCUGAGCUUCGUCCUGACUCAAGCGUCAACCGUGCAAUAAUCGAAAAGCUUUCAGUUAGUGCUCCAUCAGGAGAGAUAAGGCUCAAAGUAUUGAAGGAAAUCGCUCAAGAACACAAUGUAGAAUGGGAUUCUUCUAGCACUGAAGCAGAGUUCAGCAGAAAACAUGAAGAUUUACUGGCUGGAUCAAAACAAGCAUGCGCUGAGGCUGCAGUUUCUCAAGCUAUUAUUGGACAAGCCUCUAUUAAACCUAUGCCUUCUAAUGGGGCGAAACCUAUUCUACUUGCCAAUGCCAAACGGGCAUCUCAACACCAGCAAGCUCCUAGCCCUGUGAGCAAGGCGGCCUUGUUGACUAGUAGUGAAAUUGAGCCGUCAGCCAAAAAUUGUAUACCUGGUUCAGUCAGUGACAUUAAAACAGAGACAACAUCUCGACCAUCUGAUGUCUUGGAAAGGGCUCGAGCUGCCAUUGCCUCUGCAGAUUGUGCAAUAGCAGCUGCCCGUGCAGCUGCUGAGCUGGUGAAUGUUAAAUUUGGUUCAAUGAAACUAGAAGGAACAUCAUCGUAAUAUACGGAUGAUUGGUGAUGGUUGUUCAAUUGCAUAUUCUUGUGAUUUAUCAAGGAACAUUGGCUGAUCAAGAGAGGAAGGGGGCCAACAAUAGGCUGAAGUGAAAUUUAAAUAAUUGGAAACUAGCUCUCAGUAAAAUGCUCAAGUAGGGAUUUGGAGAUGUUGAAUUAUUUAUCAAGGAACAUUGGCUGAUUAAGAGGGGAAGGGGGCCAACAAUAGGCUGAAGUGAAAUUUAAAUAAUUGGAAACUAGCUCUCAGUAAAAUGUUCAAGUAGGGAUUUGGAGAUGUUGAAUUAUGCUUUGGGGGAAGUUGUAAUACUUCCAUCAUUAUAUCAUUUGUCAGAAUUAAGGGUUGAGAGAACUCCAUUUUCUCUAGAUUGGCGACCUAGCUUAUUGACCAGCAUUGGAGUUCCCAAACCAGCUGUUCUGCAGACUAUAAACGUUCAAUGUUUCUGGAGUUCACUAAACGUUCUCAUGUCUUCUGGAAUGAAACGUUUUCCUCUGUUGUAAAUUCGUUUUUCUUUUCUUUAUAUGGAUCAGUUACUAAUGCAAUUGAAUUGAUAGACCCUGGAAGUUUA